CUUACAUGACGUUUCAGCCGGAAUAUAAACAUGGCGGCCACUGAAAACAAAAGCCCGGUAAAUUCAAAAUCUUUAGAAGAAAAUUACUCGAAAAAAACCCUACGAAAACUACAGGUAUUAUGUAGAGAACAAAAACAUCCUAAAAUCCUUCAAAUCUAAGUAUUUUUUUCUACCAUGCACCAUACUAAAUCUGUGAAAUAAUUCCUUUUAGUCGGAGGUGUGUACACAGUUGUCAUGUAGUGUCUGCCCGAAGUAUCGUUGUACAUCGUUAAAAAUGUACGACGAACAUUUGAAAUCAAAGAAACAUUUGAGAAGAAAGUUUCGCAAAGAAAGUGAAAGUCUUUGGUAUUGCGAAGCGUGCAAAUUGAAACUACCAAAUGACGCCGAAUGGGUAAAAAUACUUAAAGUGGAAGUCAAGUCCGUAAUGUAAACAAAUG